UGAAUGCUCUGAAUCUCAGGGCAUUCCUAAAAAGCAGCCCUGAACCCUUGUGUGGCUCAUGUAGGGAGUCUACACGAGGAUAGAGCAAGGGCUGCUGGUGAGGGACCCCAGGGCCUGGGGCAAGCACAGAUGGGUCAGCUGGAGCCUCAGGGGCCUUGGGAAUUAAGAGUGUAAAGGUUCCCUGAGAGCCAGAGGCACUGUGGGUUUCUGUGCUUCUUCCCAUCCUCCCCCAAAUGUUUCAGGGUUGCUUCUGGACUUGAGAGCAGUGAACUGGAAGGGGUAUAGAGGGGCUUUCAAACAGCAGAACUGUCUCCCUUAAAGGAUUUACAAGUCUUUUUCACAUAAACUCACUUUAACAGUUUUCUAAUGUAGUUCUUAAGCGCAAGAAUUUGUUCAUGCUAAUGACCUAAGUCAGAAUAUGUGCAUUCAGAAAAAUAUAUUGAAUUUUGGGAGUAUUCAUAAUAGAUGUACAAUAUAUUUCUACCAUAUGUUCUGAGUUACCCCUCCUUGCAACCUCACAGUUAAUUACUGCUUAGUUCCUAAGGCUUUAAUUUACAAACCAAAAGGAAGGCUAUUAAAAAGUAAACUGAAAAAUUAUUAAUAGAUAAAAGAUGUCUAUGGGAGUAUGCCUUUUUAUCUACUGAAACAGUGGGAAAUUCUUCAUCAGCAAUUUUGUCUGUGAGGGUUUCAUUUCAUGGGCAUGGAUUUAGUCCUUGCAAAUGCCUGUAUGGGCUCACUGAAGAGAAAAUAAAGAUUCCAGCUUUUGACUUAAGAACUGCAACUUUGUGUCUGUUUCAGUUUCUUAGUGUCAAAGCACAGAUGUGUCCUUGCUUAGGGGAUAAUAGCAAACCAGAUUACUACAUGUAUCAGUCACUUAAUAAAAAAAAAAAAAAGUUGUGAGUUAAGGAGCGAUUUUAAAUUUUUAACAUGUCCUAAUGAAAAUUAAUUGUUGUAUAGGGUCUAAAAUGGAUCAUAGUGUUUUGUAUUGUAAGAGCAUUGUGUCUAGAAACUGUAUUAUCUGUCUGAACUUGCAGUCAUUUUUAUAAAAAAUACUUUAAUACAUAAUUUAAUAAUGUAUUUAUUUUUAAAAAUAGGGGGGGAAAUUGCAAUUUUGAUCUUAUUAGGUAGCUUGACUUUGAAAUUCUCCUCUUGCUUGAGGCUAACACCAUAGGUGGGUUUUUAGGCUUUGAACGAUCCCCUGUUUUGCAAGCCUGGCCUGAGAAACCAGCAAGUCAGUAAGCAAUAUUCUGGAAAAGCCAAGCGCUUUCCUCUUAUCCCAUGUAGGUGCAUACAGUGUCACCGGAAUGGUAGAGUAACUGUGUGAGUUACCUCACAGUGGCAGGUUAAGGUAUCUUUUUCCAGCAAGCAGGGAGAAGCUGUUUUAGGAAACUUCAUCUUGAAAGCUCUGCAAGAGUAGAAGGAAGGGUUGACGGGGAGGAGACUGGAGUUCUCAUUGCAGUCCAGGGGACAGGGAGAAGAAAAACCCUGAGUGGCUAUACUUGAAAUGACUCACAUUUACGCACUGUUCAGGUGGAAAAUGGAUGAUGAUGAUGAUGACAUUCCCCAGCUUUCAUCCCAUACAUUGGCUGCCCUCCAGGAGUUCUAUUUGGAACAGCAGCAGAGAGAGGGCAUGAAGACCUCCCAAGGGUUUAAUCAAUAUUCCAUUGGCUCAAUAGAAGAAGAUUGGCAACUGAGCCAGUUUUGGUACAGCGAUGAAACUGCGUCGUGCCUGGCCAAGGAAGCGGUUGUGGCAGCUGGAGAAGGUGGCAGGAUAGCAUGUGUUAGUGCACCGAGUGUGUACCAGAAACUGAAAGAACUGGAUGGUAAAGAUUUUUCAGUGUGUAUACUUGAGUAUGACAGAAGGUUUUCUGUAUAUGGAGAAGAAUUUAUCUUCUAUGAUUACAACCAGCCUUUAAACUUACCUGAAAAUCUCCUGCCACACAGUUUUGACAUUGUAAUAGCAGAUCCACCCUAUCUGUCGGAGGAAUGUCUUCAGAAAACUGCAGAGACGAUCAAAUACUUGACAAAAGGAAAGAUACUGCUUUGCACAGGUGCCAUCAUGGAGGAACAGGCAGCAAAGCAUCUUGGUGUGAAGAUGUGCAAGUUUAUUCCAAAACACUUGCGAAAUUUAGCCAAUGAAUUUCGAUGUUAUGUGAACUAUGCUUCUGGACUGGACUGAUUCUCAUAAGAAGAUCUACAACUUCUUCAGUCAAGCUGCUUUCUGGUUUUUAUCAGUGACUCCACAAUUCUCAGUGCUGAAAUACUUAGCUCUGAGUACUAUUUCCUGGGCUAGCUUUAAUCAACAUGUGUUAGCCUCUCUCUUUUAAAUGAGUAAGCAUUUGUAGUUACUGUGUUUGUAUUUUACCUAUUAGGUAAAUGUGGACCAAACAAUGCAGAGGCUGGAUAACAGGAACUUCUCUGUUUGAAUUUAAUUCUAACUGGUAACUUUUACAAUUCAGAGACCUUUUUGAAGUGAUUUUAGCUUAUAACAACACAUAGGUGCUUGCUUUGCAGACAUCAGAAUUGUCAUUGCAAAAGAACUUGAUACUUCUGUAGUAAUGUUAGUCCCUUAAAUCUUGAAUCAUAGUGGUUCUGAUUAAAUAUAUUGCCUGCUUUUUAAUAGAUUUCAAUAUCAAACUAAAGAUGAUUUACAGAUAUAUCAAGUUUAUAGUUACAAAAACAGUUUUUUUUUCCAGUUGCCCAAUUUUCUUUCUCUCCUGUUCCACAGACAACAGCAGAACAGUAGAAAUUGUUGAAUCUCUUAGAAAUUAUUGAAUCUUAAAAGGCCACUGAGGAAUAAUGUAAUGUAUUGAUAAACUCCCACUGUUUCAAAUGUUAGAUUUUAUAUACAAGGUUUGGACUACAUUUCAAUCAAAAUAGAUUAUACAUUAGAAAAAUUUUGCUUUGGGAUAGUAGACAUUUUUGGUAACUGGGAAUUUCUAAAGUUAGUUUUGACUAACUACACUACUAAUGUAUUUUUGGGUGAAAGUUGGUUCAUAAAUUCCAAGGCACUCAACAGUUUAUAAUCUAUAAAUACACUGUACAAAACACAAGUAAUUGUCUUUAUAUGCCAUAUUGUGUAAAAGGCUAACAGAAAUGCUGCAUCUACAAAAUGUAUCACCUAAAAUUAAGUAUUGAGAAAUUUAUUUUGCAGUGGGAAUAAACCUUAUUAAGCUUGUGAGACAAGAUCUUUUUAUAAGGUAGAGGUAAACACUCAUGUUUCUGUGCAUUCCUGCUGUUUGCAUGCAGAUUUUCCCAUCUGGUUGAGUAAACAACUGAGGAGGAAUAAUGUAGAUAGAAUAUAAUCCUCUCUCAGUGCUCAGAGUAUCGUGCUGCCUGAGCUGGACACAACAGCGGUUCAUAAAUAACCAUCCAAGCCACUGUAGCUCUCUUCUCCAUUUUCCAAGAAAUCUGUUUAUUUCCUAAGGCUUUUCCCUCCUCACACUUUGUACCUGCUGUUCCUGAGUUUCGUUAUAACAGUUUUCUUUCUCUUUCUUGGCCUUGGCUUCUGUCAGACAGGCAACAGGUUUGUUAAAUGAGAGAAGUGCAGCAGAGGCAGUGCUUGCAGGAGAACAGGCACCAGACUCCUCUGACAGCCUCUGUGAGCCCAUGGCCAAUACAGUGUUGCCUUUCGAACUAGAAGCCAUCCUUGCCGCUGAGCCAGAAUCCCCCCUGAAAAUGCCUGUCCACAGGUGACAUACAGCUGGGUUUAGUUGUUUUCCAGGAGGCUUCACCAUCACUUUUAUGUGGCCAGUUUAAAAAAAAAAGCAAACCAGAGUGUUAAUUGCACGGUUAUUGGCACAAAUCUGUACUUCACAAUUGUAAACUGGUUUAUUACCAAGCAGAUGGAGACAAUGAAGUAACUCAUGAAACUUUGUUUAUAACUCCAUGGAGGCUUCAAGGGGACAGGUAUGAUUGUCAGAAGGGAGCAUAUUCUUCCCCUACCAUCCACCUAAAUUAGAAUGUGCUGUUCAAAUCGAAGCUUCACCUAUAUUGCUGCUUUGCUAUUAUUUCCUUCAGUUGUUUGCUUUAUUUUGGUAAAUGCGUGUUGCUGGGCUCUCUACAGCAAAAUCAAAAGACAGCUUUACUAACUUCAUCAGAGACCUUUCUUAAAAAAAAAUAAAACUGCACCAUUCAGUUAUACCAAGAAAUUCACUUCCAAGAAAAUAACUGCUGCUUCUCACAUGUAGGUCAGACAGCUUUGAAAAGAGGCACUGUGAAGAUGCACAGUUAUGAAAAUGAGAGUACAUAUAAAUCUGUGCAGAUGCAUUCAACAGAGCAGCCCGUUGUCCACCAAAUUCCCUCUUAAAAGCCUGAUGAGUGCAGGCAGCUGCCCAAGCAGAGCUUGACUGGUGGCUUUUACAGACUUCAUCAGUGAUGGAAGGUAAGCUAUUUUUGUCCUACAUGAUUCCAAGGCAGAAGCUAUUUCUGAGAAGGUACAAGUCACAAAAAUUCAUAGUGAAUUUGUGCUUUGUGCCAUCAUGGUAACAUUAAGAAAUAUUAUGUGACAACAAAAUCUCUCUUCUGUAAUUGGAUUAUGAAUAAAAACAGUGUCAAGUAGUGAUUGAUUUUCCUUA